AUGGACCCGCCAAGACAGGCCCGUGCUUCCAGUUUGGGUGCUUCGGAGAGAAGGAACGAGGCCACGAAGAGGAAGAGCAAGACCCAGCUGGAGAGACUGGACGACAAACGAGCGUUCGUAGCAUUGAUCGAUUGCCAAGAGAGGCACAUGGCGACCAUCUUGACCGAGCUCGAUCAGGGAGCCAAGGAGUCCCAUUGGGUGUGGUAUAUCUUCCCCACUGAGAAGGCUGGAGCGUGUGAUGAAGCCGAGACUCGCAUCACCGAGGAGAACGCCAUUGAACUGUGCCGAAAUGAAUCCACGGCGAUGGACUGGCAGAAGUGUUUGGAGAAGAUCUGUGACUUAUUGGAAGCUCGCGGCCAACGACCCGCCGAUGGUUAUGUUUUGCCACUGGCUGAUCACGGGCGGGUGUACAGGUUCGUAGAGUUUUGGGCCAGCUAUGCCCAGACUCCGGACUGGACCGAAGCAGAUGCGGCAGACGCAGCAGAUGGCAGUGGACAGAAUGGCAAAGACAAGAAAGGACAGAACGGCAACGAGCCAAGUGAUUCCAUCGUUCUCACGGAGGGUCGACGGCGUGUCGAGAGCGGAGAGCCGUUACAGCUGGAGCGCGAACACGAACAGCGCGCUCCGCCAGCCAAGAAAAGGGAGGGGAUUGCGGCGUGGCCGGAGGUCCAGUCGCAGUGUGUGGCAGGUGCUGCUGCUGGGGCUCGUUCAGCUAUGUCUGCAGCUGGCAACCGGGUGAGCAUUGGAGGGGCUGCUUUGGCGACCUUGGUCAGUCCGGAGGCUGCUCCAGAUCGCGCCUCUCGGAGCUCGGUGUUCAGCGGGCGUUUCAUGCCGCUGUCCCUGUGGGCGCAAGCGGAGAGCACCACACCACCGCCCUCCGGACCGGGGUCUCCCGAGCAGAAACAGGAUGUGAAGCUGUCAGAAGUGCUGGACGGAGAUUCUCCUGUGCAAGAAGGUGAAAAGAAAGCGGAGAGGUUGCAAAAGAUGCCAUCGAAGGAAAGUGCUGGUGCCGCUGAGGCAGACGCCGCCCACUGCGGCCACGCGACGUUGCCCACGCCGCCGAUCGCUCCAGCGGAGAGGAAGGGAGCUACGAGAGGAUCCUCUGCACCUCCGGACCCAUGCAGAUCCAAAUCUGAUGGAGAAGAGGAACGUGCCGUGCUUCCCCGCCCGAUGUCAGCUGACUCGAUGGCUGAGAAGGAUCGGAAAGCUGUCUCCAGCAUGAAGCUGGUGGUGACACCCACGAAGGAAGCGGAUGCGAGUCCUCCCUUCACAGCGAGCCUGGCGUCCACAUCUUCCCCAGUGAGGGGCCGUCAAGGUAGCAAGCACAUGACUUCGACCUCGCGCGGACAUCUGUCCCCCAGCCCCGCAGGUCCCGCGACGCCUCAGGAUUCCAAGGUGGAGCGAGAGGCCCGAGAGGAGCUUCAAAUUUCAAGGUCCAAUUCGCGGCCACCGGCCGAGUCUCCGAAGGAUGGUGCAGAGCGUGAAGAAGUUUUGCCUGAUGUACUGUUUUCUGCACCACCCGCUGAGCCAGAUGACCGUAUUUCAACCACCAGGAUGCCAUCAGUCGUGCCAACUGAGGCAGGGGACACCCCCCCGAGCUGCCUUUGCAGAGGCCACGGAGACGAGGGCGAUUGA